AAGUCUGAAAGUAGGUCGCUAGGUUGUUUAAUUAGUUUUUUUUUGGAUUUUUUUAAAAUUAAAGCUCAACGAGAUUCAAUUUUAUCGAACUUUAACCUUUCUGCAAUUUUCCUUCUUUAGCUAUGAAUCAAAAAAAAAGGAUUCUUUGGAAGCGCUAAUAAAUAAAGGAUGGAAUAUGACUAAGGAUAACAGUGCAAUUCAGAAGAAUUUUAAUUUCAAAAAUUUUAAUGAGGCAUUUGGGUUUAUGACUAGAGUUGCGAUCUACGCUGACAAGAUUAAUCAUCAUCCGGAGUGGUUUAAUGUUUACAACAAGGUUGAUGUGACUCUUACAACUCAUUCGGCUAAUGGUUUAUCGGAAUUAGAUUUUAAAAUGGCUAAAUUCAUGGAUGGAAUUUAUCACUAG